GUAGAGAUGAGUCACUCGGGGUCGCAUUCUUCACAUGCGGUCGGGAAAACAACCACAACCCAUUGCGCUGCUAGGACAAUUAAGUUUGCCUAGCAACUGAGUGAGACGUCUACACUCUUCUUCCUCUUACCGAGGUUCCUUUCCGCUCUGCAGGAAUCCCUUCUGCCGUAAUGGACUCUGACACCGGCCGAAGGUCUGCAAACCACAGGUCGUAACGUUUCUAGGCAGGAAUGCGACACCGCUGAGCUCAACAUGAAAGAGUGGUGGGUGCAUGUGGGUUUGAUCUGCAUCCCACUGAUGGCUGUCUACCUUCACAUCCCACCCCCCCACCUGUCCCCCGCCCUUCAGAAGUGGCACAGUGCGGGGGAGGUGUUCCACUUCAGAGGCAGGGAGAUCUUCUACAGAGAUUCCUCCGGUGCUUUGGGAAGCUCUGAUGUCAUCAUUCUGCUGCACGGCUUCCCCACCUCCAGCUUCGACUGGAACAAGAUCUGGGAGCCCCUCACUCAGCGCUUCCAUCGAGUCAUUGCACUAGACUUCCUGGGUUUCGGCUUUAGUGACAAGCCUAGACCCCACAAGUACUCCAUCUUCGAGCAGGCCAGUGUGGUGGAGGCUCUGGCGGCUCACCUGGGUCUGAGCCACCAGAGAGUGAAUGUGAUGUCCCACGAUUACGGAGACACCGUGGCCCUGGAGCUGCUCUACAGAAGUGACCAAAACCGCACAGGUCACCUGACCUUCAACAGCCUGUGUCUCUCUAACGGAGGUUUAUUCCCAGAAACACAUUACCCACGUUUGCUGCAGAGGCUUCUGAAGGACUCCAGUUUCCUGGCUCCAGUUCUGACGCGUCUCACCAACUAUAUGCUCUUCCAAAAAGGGAUUGGAGACGUUUUCGGGCCCUACACACAGCCCACAGACGCUGAGUUCUGGGACAUGUGGACGGGGCUACGCCACAACGACGGCAACUUAGUGUUGGACAGCAUUCUGCAAUACAUCAACCAGAGAUUAAAACACAGAGAGCGGUGGGUGGGUGCGCUCACCUCCACCUUCGUCCCACAGUCCUGGACGCUAAGCUGCUUAGCAUGUGAGAGGAAGCCUCGUAGUCCAUCUGUGAUCCUGAGCUCAGGGGGGAGUGCACAUGAUCUACGGACCCCUGGACCCGGUCAACCCUCAUCCCCAGUUCAUUCGUCUUUACCAGAAGCUGGUCCAGAGGUCCACCAUCACCAUUCUGGACGAACACAUCAGUCACUACCCUCAGCUGGAGGAUCCCACCGGCUUCCUCAAUGCAUAUUUCAAUUUCAUUCACUCUUUCUGAAAAGAUACUAAAUGCAAUAACCUGUGAUCAUGAAUGAAUUCUCACCCUUAACAAGCUGUUUGGUAUUUCCCAAUUAAUUUCUAAAUGGUCACAUGUGGUGCUGAGACCUUUUUUGAUGAUUGCAUCCAGGAGUAAUGCUUCAUCAGAUUGAGAUGUAAUCACCAGUAGUUUACCAGCAUCAGUCCCUAAAUGUCAAUUACUACCAGGAGACAUCAAAUGUGAGCUAUAAAUACAUUCAUUGUACUGAAUGACUAUUCUGGUGAUGCCAGAGGUUCAUUUAUCGACCCUCUUUCAGCACAACACUAAAAGUUCUGUUGGGUCUGUGAUUAUUUCACUUUGUGGGAAAUGGUCAGUUUGUCCUUUAAUUGUAUGCAUUCUGAAUGAAUUUUGAUAUGAUUUUCUACAUUUCUCCUGAUGUCAAUGAAAGCCGAAAUGUCAACAUUUUCUCCAAAUAAAACUAGUUUUGUAAA